GGUUUGGCGACCGCCGUGAAAUGGUCAUUCGACCCCAAAUGGGGUCCCGACCCACAGGUUGAGAACCACUGCCCUAGUGUAAGAAGCAGUUGAUAUUGUUUUGAAGGGUGAUAGCUCUUUUGUUUUUUUGGCAAAUUGCUUCGUGGAGGUAAAUCUGGUUGAUCAAUGAAUUAAUUAUGACAAAUUCUACAAUUUAGAGUCAGUUUUCAUUUUAAAUCUUUGAAAUCAUGGCAAACUGAAGUUGUUAAGAUCACUGCUUUUGUGACCAUACAACAGAAUAAAUAUUUGAUUAUGAUUUGAAUUGUAAAGAGCAAUAAACACCAGCAUUUAAUUUGAUUUAUGUAAUUAUCAUAAAUAUCUUCAAUUUUGAACUGUAUCCUAGAUUAAAAAUAUAUAUUUUUGUUCUUGUUGAAACCAAUGAAUUCAUCAUAAUGAUGGAUUCAUAGCUAAAGGAUAUGUCCUAAUAAACUUUUAGUGAAAUCUAUUCUUACAAGUAAGGUUUAUUCUAUCUCAGUUCCAUUAUUUCAAUUAUAUUAAGUCUAUAUCUUUUGGAUCUGACUGAAAUAAAUAAAAAUAAAAUAGAUUAAAUCUAUAUUUAUCUCUCUUGUUCUUACAGCAUCUGAAAUUAUAAAUUAAGCAGUUGCAUAAUUAGCAUCCUCUAGUUACGAGACAAAAAUUAAAAUGAAGAGUUUGGAAUUAAAAAUAUCAUAGGAUUUAUCAUGGUUUUUUUUUAAAUUUCUUUUAAAUAUUUUUAUAGCACUUCCCAUUCCAAGCGUCUGCCAGCUCUGCGUGCAUUAAAAUACUGUGUUUCCAAUAAAACGUAUAAAGCAAUUUAAAAGCUUAAACUUUGUAAAGUAUAUAAAAAGGCUAUUAUUGUAGCAGUGCUAUUAGAAGGCAUCAAAUGCCAGGGUAAAUUCCCAAAUAAUAUUAUGCUGAAACACAGGACUUCUGGGGAGGAAACAGCAAACCGAAGACAGAACAGACCCAGUGACUGCAACAGAAUGAAGAGCCUGGUAUCCACCAUGAAUGAACCAGCUUGUAGUGGAAAUGGGCAAGAUUUUGAUGUAUUUAGUGUAAUGGACUGGAAAGAUGGAAUUGGUACCUUGCCUGGAAGCGAUUUGAAGUUUUGUGUGAAUGAAUUUGGUGCUCUAGAAGUAAUCACCGAUGUAACAGAGAUGGAAAGUGUUAAGAAGGCUACAGCUACCACAACUUGGAUGGUGCCAACUGUCCAGGAAGCAUUCUCAGAAAAAACAGACAUACCACCAAAAUUGAAGGAAACUGCCAAGGCAGAUGGGCUUCAUUUUUGUGAAAAUUAUUUUCAGUCCGGAACAUCAGUGGAGUUUGUAGCUGGAGAAAGAGCUUGCAGCCAAAAAUGUGCUCAUCUGUUUAAAAACAAGGAAUCAAAGGAGGAAAAAGAUGUGUCCGAAUGCAGUGAUGAAGACUAUUCUAAGGGCAUUCAAAAGAGAAAAAGCAAAUUGCCAUCCAAAGGAGAGGUUAUUGAAGAAAAGGAUAAAGACAAGGAAACUGAAGAGAACUCUGAAGGAAGAAUACUGAGGGUAUCUCAAAGAGCCACAAGGAAAAGGAAACGAGAGGUGGCAAUUUUAAAACAAACUUUAAUGUCAAAGGGAAAGAAAGCGUGGAGUUGGUCUUCAUAUUUGGAAGAAGAAAAGGCUACAGCAGCACCUCCUAAGAUUUUUAAAGAGUACCAGUCCUUCCCAUACAACAAAAAUGGAUUCAAAGUUGGAAUGAAACUAGAAGGAGUGGAUCCUGAGCAUCAGUCAAUGUAUUGUGUGCUUACAGUAGUAGAGAUUUGUGGCUACAGAAUUCGACUUCAUUUUGAUGAAUAUCCAGACUGUUAUGAUUUUUGGCUGAAUGCUGAUUCUUCAGAUAUUCACCCUGUUGGGUGGUGUGAGAAAACCGGGCAUAAGCUUCAUCCACCAAAAGGUUAUAAAGAAGAUGAAUUUAAUUGGCCUGCAUAUCUGAAGAAAUGUAAAGCUCAGGCUGCUCCUAAAUCCUUGUUUGAAAACCAAAACACAACUGUGAUCCCAUCAGGUUUUCGAGUAGGGAUGAAGCUUGAAGCAGUAGACAAAAAGAACCCUGCUUUCAUAUGUGUUGCUACAGUAACUGACAUUGUGGACAACCGUUUCCUGGUUCAUUUUGACAACUGGGAUGAAAGCUAUGACUACUGGUGUGAAGCAGCUAGUCCACAUAUUCAUCCCGUUGGAUGGUGUAAAGAACAUAGAAAAACACUUGUAAUUCCUCCAGACUAUCCUCAUGGCAAACAUUUUUCUUGGGAAAAAUAUUUGGAAGAAACCAGUUCUUUACCUGCACCUGCUAGGGCUUUUAAAGUGAAACUUUCUCAUGGAUUUCAGAAGAAUAUGAAACUUGAAGCUGUUGACAAGAGGAAUCCUGCGCUUAUUAGAGUAGCUACUGUGGUUGACACAGAAGAUCAUAGAAUUAAAAUCCACUUUGAUGGCUGGGACAGUAUUUAUGACUAUUGGAUUGAUGCAGAUAUCCCAGAUAUACAUCCUGCAGGCUGGUGUGGAAAAACUGGACAUCCUCUUCAGCCUCCUCUUAGUCCACUGGAAUUAGUAGAAGCUUUAGAACAAGGAGGGUGCCCUACAGCAGGCUGCAGGGGAGUUGGACACAUAAAAAGAGCCAGGCAUAUGGGCCAUCACAGUGUGGUCAACUGCCCCUAUUCUGAAAUAAACCUGAACAAAGAGCAUAUUCUUUCAGACCGUUUAAGUGGAGAGACCCCUCCAAAUAAUCAAUCUAUGCAUUGGAAUCGAAAGUCAGAAAUAAAUGAAAGAUCAGCCUCUCCUAUAAUCAAUAACAGAAAAUGUGCCAGUCCCAGUCACACUGGAGUUAAGCCUGCACCUCAUAUACAGUCUUCAAAGGAGGAAGAUACAGAUGUGAAACUUCUUUGCAAAAAGCCUUUAAUGUGUGAUGUCAAAGAAGAAAACUACAGGGGAGAGCAGGCCAAGGAACUCACUGGGAAAGAUGACUGUGAAGAAAGAAAAACGGAAAAUGAAGUAUUGUCUAUAAAUGAAACCAAAGAUAGCAAGGAAACCAAUAACAGAAAUUCCCAUCUGCAGCCAGUCAUUUUAUCUUCCAAGCUCACAAUUCCUGCAUUUCCUUUGCGGUGGGAACAGCACAGUAAGCUCCUUCCUACAGUGGCUGGGAUUCCUGCUAGUAAAGUUUCUAAAUGGAGCACAGAUGAGGUCUCAGAGUUCAUUCGGAGUUUGCCAGGUUGUGAGGAGCAUGGCAAAGUAUUCAAAGAUGAGCAAAUCGAUGGGGAAGCUUUUCUUCUAAUGACCCAAGCAGACAUUGUCAAAAUAAUGAGUAUUAAACUGGGACCAGCUCUAAAAAUCUUCAAUUCCAUCCUGAUGUUCAAAGCUGCUGAUAAAAACUCUCAUAAUGAACUCUGAUAAAAGGUCUCCAGGGCAACCUCUGCACUGCAGCCAAUGUUUUACCCAAAGCACAAAGAUACAGAAAGAGAACCUAGGAUGAACAUUUCAAAGGAAAAAAGUUUAAGUGCAUGAAAUAGAGAUACUUUCCAAAAAUUAGGGCAACUGGACACUUCUGAGAAGUGCUUAAGGUUUUUAGCAAGAUAAAAAAUUUAGUAAGAACAUAAAGUUUGCCAACCUGGUGGCUUUAAUUUUCCUACAAUUAGCCACCUUAAUUUAAUUGGGGAACAAAUAACUAAGAACAUAUUGGAAUCAUGGUUAUAUUAGCUUUUUUUUAAGGAGUCACAAAAUAUGUACUUCGUGAAUUUACCCAUUGGGCUUAGUUAAUCUCUGUCCUAUUUGACCAUUUUCAUAAGAAAUUUUUCACAACUUAAAAAUAGUUUGGGUGCAAUUAGUUAAUGGAAAUGGUUAACUCUUUAAUUUUGCACUACAUUGAAAACUGCUAUUGACCCUGGUUGGUUUAUUCUAAGAAAACAUUGCUGAAGAUCAGUGCUGGUUUUUUAAAAUUAUUUUUGCAUGGUUAAAAGAAAAAGAAAUACUUCCAGUAGCAUAUUUGAUACGAAGUUAUUAAUAAGAACUACAAAAAGUUAAUGUAAUUAUAUUUCAUGUUGCAUUAUAUUACUUUAGUUCAUUCUGUUAAAAUAGAUACCAAUUAAAUGUGCAUAUGCAGAAUAAAAAUCCUGCAGUGUAAAAAAACCCACCUUUUUUAUAAGGAAUUAAAUUAGUUGAACAGAAAUAUUAACUCAAUAAUCUAAAAAUAGCAGUAAGGGAAAAGUUAAAACAGUUCUAUCCAAUUUAAAAGGAAUUUGUAGAAGUUAGGUCACGCGACUUUAACAUGUGCAAUAGAAAACAAUGUGAAACAAGAUCACCAAGGGUUAUAUUGCAUUGUUCUGUUCAGUCUUUUUUAUAAAUGUUGCAUCUUUUAUAUUUUGUUUGGACUUUUUACACUUAAAAUUGCAUUUAAAAUUGUUAUGCUUCAUAACUGCCAAAAUGUGGAAGAUUUUUGUAUGACUCAUUUUUCAUGCAGUUGGUUUGUAUCAAUAUUAGUACAGUCAUAUUUUU